AUGUCUUCGGAUGACUCUAAAUUAAAUGCUGAUUCUGGAUCACGUCAUGGUUCCGGCUCUGGCUCAGACAUAAAGCUUCCACCAAUCUCUUUUUUAUCCGGACAUGGGAGACCACAUAACAAAUUACCCUCCGCUUCGAAUAUGGGAAUAUCUUCAUAUUUGUCACAUCAUUCGGGAAGCUAUUCGAGUCAAUCGCCAGAUCCUAAUGAUGAACACGCAAAUAAAAAAGCUAAAUUAGAAGAUGCUAACGCGGAGCUGCAUUCUCAUAACAAAAAUACUCAAAAAUCGGCAUUGCUAGGUCUUUAUAAUGCUGCUAACAUGUCACCAAAUGCGCAAGUCACUCCUAUUAACGAAACAAAAGUUCACGAUAGAGGUUCAGAACAACAGUCCCGAGCGUUUUCCAAUUCGUUUCAUCAUGCACAUAAUAAUCAAGCACACAAUACUCCGUCGGACAUUCUUCCACAUACCCAUACGAAUCCUCAUCACCAUCACCAUCAUCACCAUCAUCAUCAUGUACAUCGCAAUUCUCCUGGUGAGUCGUCGCCAAAUGGCAUUCCACAUAUACAUGAUGGAAACCAUGUUCAAGCUUUGGCAAGAGGUGAAGAAGAUACACCAGAAGCGAAACAAAGAGAUGUAACACAAAAUUCAGAGAACAGAAUAGAUCCACAUCGUUCUCAUGAGAUUAAAAAAGAGGAGGAUAUUACAACAGAGAAAUCGGAAUUCAAUUCAAGAAAGGCGGACGGCAAUGAGCAGGUACCGAACCUUGAGAAAAAUCAGCCAGAACAACAUGAUGAAGACAAGACAAAUGACUCUCAAAUAGCUAAUGAUAUCACUGAAUCCAGUGAGAAUGCGGUUGAAAUAGCGCCAAAGAGUUCACAAAGAAUAAAAUCUAAACGAGUUAGCAUUGACAAGUCACAGUUGCUUGAAAUAUUAAAAGAGCUUUUCCCACACCGCCAUAACUUAGGUACAUUAGUGUACAAUCCCACAACCACUUGGUCAACGUUACAAACUGCACAGUUGACAGGAUUAAAACCUGAACAUCAUGAACGCUUUCAGCAACUAAAGGAAGAUUAUGAAGAUAAACUUAAAGAAGAAUAUUUCAGAAAUAACUUUAAAUACAUACCUAUGAUUCCACCGCUUUCAAACGACUACAUCAAUUAUUUGCUUGAAAUUAAGAUUCCUUACAAGUUUAUUAAAUUAUUCAAGGAAGAUCUAGAUGAUGGCAAUAUACCCCUCAAACGCCAAAUAUGGGGUGGUGCCAGCGGUAUAUAUACCGAUGACUCUGAUAUUUUGUUAGUUCUUACUCAUUUAGGUCUUUUCAGCGGAAACGUGGAUUUGACCGAGUGGAAUGAAAAAUGGACGUCCGACGAUAUUAUAACUCCUCUUGAUGCUAAGAAUGAUGCUAGCGAGAUACACGGCGACUUGUCUGUGACAAUUUUGUUGUUACCUCCAUUACCGGAAUAUCAUGGAUAUUAUGCGAACGGUAUUAAUUCGAAACCUUGGAUCCGUUACAAUAAGCAUAAUGGAUUGUCAUAUGCGGUCUAUGACGUCAAGUGGGAAGGCUACGGGAGCUAUUUACGUGAUAAAACGUUAUUUAAAAGAUAUCAAACCGAAUUAUAUGAAGAUAUAGAAACAACUAAAGAGGAAUUAUCGACAAAAAAAGGCUGGAGCUUUAAUUUUGCGUAUUACAAAAAGCUCAAGCAUAAGUUCGAAACCUUGGAUAAGCAAACCCCUGAAAAAAGUAUUAAGGAUUUAAAUACUGACAAUAGUUAA